AUGGCGCUGCCCAUGAUGAAAAGAAAAACGUACAUUAUUUUUCGUAAUUUUUGCAGAAACUAUGGAGUGUCAGUUGACAGAAUGGUCCGUGUACGAUUUGCCCCAAGUCCUACUGGAAUGAUGCAUCUAGGUGGUCUUCGAACAGCUCUGUUUAACUAUCUGUUUGCGAAGUCAAAUAAUGGAAAGUUUCUCUUGAGAAUUGAAGAUACUGACAUGACAAGGAAGGUUGAUGGAGCAACAGAGAAGAUCGAAGAUGUUCUGAACUGGGCCGGACUUGUUCCUGAUGAAAGUCCAAGACAAGGUGGCGAGUUUGGACCGUAUUUGCAGUCACGGAGAAUACAGCUGUACCAGGACAGUGUGGAAAAGUUGCUUAAUUCCGGUCACUGCUACCAUUGUUUCUGCACGGAAAAGCGCCUUGCUCUACUGAAGAAGGAGGCGAUACGACGUCAGGAGACGCCCAAAUACGACAACAAAUGUCGAGACCUCACACAACAGCAGGUGCAAGACAAACUGGACAAGAAAGUGCCAUAUGUCACACGCUUUAAGUAUGAGGCGAUUACAGAGCCAUGGACAGACCUUGUGUAUGGGGAAAUCAUGGACAGCUCUACUGAGGAGGCCCGGGAGGGAGACUUUGUAGUUAUAAAGUCAGAUGGCUUCCCGACGUAUCAUUUUGCGAAUGUUGUGGAUGAUCACCAUAUGCAGAUUUCACAUGUGCUCAGGGGAAUGGAAUGGAGUGUGUCAACUCCGAAGCAUCUUCAGAUGUACUCAGCGUUUGGUUGGCAGCCACCACAAUAUGCCCACCUUCCUCUCAUACUUAACAGAGAUGGAACAAAGCUUUCGAAGAGACAGGGUGACAUACAUGUCGAAAGUUUUAAGAACCAGGGAAUAGAGCCAGAUGCCUUGUUGAACUAUCUUACCACUGUGAACCGGGGAUUUUCUGGUCCAACAGAUGGCAAAACACUUCAGGAGCUAGUACAAAUGUUUUCUCUGGAUCUUGUAAAUCGACAUUCAUCUCGACUUCAACCGGAGAAACUCGGACCACUCAAUAGGAAGCACCUACAGAGGCAUUUCAAUGGCAACAGGAGGCAGGAAAUAUUAAAUAGAACACGAAAAGCAGUCAAAGACCAUUUUGGAGAUAGGCUGGUCAGUGUCCAUGUUUUAGAAGAUCAUUAUAUUGAGCCAUUAUUUCAAUGGGCAAUUGAGCACAGAAUCUCCUCAAUCCAAGACCUCACAGAUCCCCUUUAUGAGUUCAUUUGGAUCACCCCGACCUUAAAACAUCUUCACCAUAUCACCAGGAAGACCAAGAACAGUGUGUCUGUUAUAGAACAAACUAUCCACAAACUUAAGGGAAUGACAAACUUUGUCGAUGCUGAGGUGAAAAGCAUUCUGAAGUGCCAGUGUAAGGAGCUAGGGAUGAAAACCAUACAAUACAUGGGCAUUGUCAGAGCGAGUCUUAGUGAACAGACGGAUGGACCACCUGUGUCAGAGAUGCUGGAGAUCCUGGGGAAGCAGGAAUCCCUACGACGACUAGAGCAUGCCCUGGCUGCCCUAAGGACUGCCAGCUGAUACUGAACUAUUGAUAGAAUUGAAAUUAUUGUUAUAUGUGUUAAGAAAAAAUAAAU